AUGCAGCUUAGAGGCUUCACUCCCAACCUUGUUACUUUCAAUAUACUUAUUAAUGGACAUUGCAAAGAUGGAGCAAUAAUUAAGGCACGAGAACCGCUAGAGAUGCUUUUAGAAAAUAGACUUAAACCUGAUAUAUUCACUUUUAGUUGUAUAAUUGAUGGACUUUGUCGAUUAAAGAGGACCGAGGAAGCUUUUGAAUGCUUUAAUGAGAUGGUUGAAUGGGGGGUUAAUCCAAAUGCUAUCAUUUACAAUAUCUUGAUUCGGUCUUUAUGCAGCAUCGGGGAAACUACAAGAUCAGUGAAGCUCUUAAGAAGAAUGCAAGAGGAAGGAAUAAGCCCUGACAUCUACUCCUAUAAUGCUUUGAUUCAAAUUUUCUGUAGGAUGAAUAAGGUUGAGAAAGCUAAAAAGCUUUUUGAUUCAAUGUCAAAAUCUGGCUUUAAUCCUGACAAUUACACAUACAGUGCUUUUAUAGCGGCGCUGUCUGAAUCUGGGAGAUUAGAAGAAGCUAAGAAGAUGUUUUACUCAAUAGAGGCAAAUGGUUGCUCUCCUGAUUCAUAUGUAUGUAACUUAGUUAUUAAAGCAUUGGUUCGGCAUGAUCGUGUUGAAGAGGCCCAAAAGAUCGUAGAAAGAUGCCGACAGAAAGGAAUAGCUUUGAACUGUACUCUUGAUUCAUAG